UUAGGAACUUUGGUAGUUUAGGUAUUAUAUACAAAUGUGUAAGCAACUGAUUGAAGCAGUAGGACAAUACCAAUAAGAGGCUGUGACUCUGCAAGUAAAUCAAGCUUAUAUUUUGCUGUUCACAUGAUGUAUGGAAGUUGGUGUAUAAGAAGAAUAGCUUCAUCGCUUAGAAGGGGAGGCCAAUCAACAAAUGUCGCUUUUAAACAACUAAAGUCGUUACCGAUCCAGCAUUCACGUCAUUCGGUCACCGUGGCAACUAAUAUUAACACGGGAACUCGUAAAGUUGUUGGCUGGUGGUUAGCUGGCUGUUGUGGAAUGACUGUUGGUGCUGUUGUUAUUGGAGGGGUUACAAGACUAACAGAGUCCGGCUUAUCAAUGGUGGAUUGGCAUCUUAUCAAAGGCAUGAAACCUCCGCAUACAGAGGAGGAAUGGAUGGAAGAGUUUGGAAAAUAUCAACAAUAUCCAGAGUUUAAAAUAUUAAACCACGACAUGACCCUCAAGGAGUUCAAGUUUAUCUGGCACAUGGAGUACGGACAUAGGAUGUGGGGCCGAAUGAUCGGCGUCGCUUAUUUCCUCCCCAUGUUUUACUUUAUGGGUCGCGGUUGGUUGAACAAGGGUAUGAAGAUAAGAACAGGAUUGCUUGGUGGGCUCCUAGUGUUCCAGGGGCUACUGGGUUGGUACAUGGUCAAGAGUGGCCUGGAGGAUAAUUUUAAAAGCAGUGAUAUACCCCGUGUUAGUCAAUACAGGUUGGCCAGCCAUCUGGGCUCCGCAUUCCUACUUUACACUGGUUUACUGUGGAGUAGUUUGUCCAUCCUGCUGCCUCAGAAACCAAUACCUACCACUAAAGCUAUAGGAUCAUUACGAAGGCUUGUGUACAGCACCAAAGGCCUUGUGUUUAUAACUGCAUUAUCAGGUGCCUUUGUUGCUGGUUUAGAUGCAGGAUUAACAUACAACACUUAUCCUAAGAUGGCAGAUCGGUGGUUGCCAUCAGAUUUGUUAGGUUUUAAACCUAAAUGGUUGAAUUUCUUUGAGAACCCAACAACAGUUCAGUUUGAUCAUAGGUUACUGGGCCAUGCUACUUUAGCAUUAGUUACAUACACUUGGUACAAAGUGCGUAAAACUCCAGGCUUACACCCCAGGAUAUUACUCGCAUCUAACUUAAUGCUGGGAAUGGGUUGGCUACAGGUUAUUCUUGGGAUUUCAACUUUAUUAACAUUUGUUCCAACGCAUCUUGCUGCUACACAUCAGUCUGGUUCAUUAACUUUGUUAUCAUUCACUGUAUGGCUUGCCCAUGAACUAAAAAGGAUACCUAAGUAACUGUUGCACUUCAUGAGGAGCGGACAGUAUCACAAAACACCUAAAUUGUGAAGCUAUCUUUGAUGGACUUUUCACACAGUAGAAUGUAUUGGUAACACCAUGAGUUAAUGCUUGUAAAACAAGCUGCUUUGAACUGUGUGUUUGAUGCUGCCAACAAUGUUGUUGUUCAAAAUAAACAAUGUUUGUUUGGAGAUUAUGUGCUAAAGUGCUUUUGACCAAUAAAUUCUCAAUAUUUUAAA